CCUCCAGCCAUCACUUCCGAUGAAACGAACCGACGCUUUAAUUUCCGCUAGACCAGUAUCUGGCCGCCUGCGAAGCUCACUCGCAUUAUCAUCCUUGCCGUUUAUAUUCGACUUCUUUGUCUAGGGGUCUUUGAUAGCUUCACUUGCUUGAUCCAGUCCCAACUCGCAACGCCGCUUUGUCGCAUCGGCUAUACUAUUCUGUUCGCUAGCAUGUCUGAGUCGCCGCCUCCACCCUCGUGGACUAUCGCCAGCAUGGCCAAUAGUGCCGUUCAGUUUCUGCGCCUGCCGGUUUUGGCCUCCUCUGGUCUCGCCGUGGUGGCCAGUGGUCUGUUGUACUUUAAGCAAAAAAAUGUCCCUGUCGACGCCCGGACCAAUGUCCCCAAGCCACAGCAAUUCGGCAUCACAGAUUACGAAGAGCUCCAUCUUCCGACCCCGGACGGGGAAACACUACAUGCCCUCUUCAUUCGUCCUACACGGAAACGCAUCGCUCAAGACCUUACAGUGUUGAUGUUUCAUGGGAACGCGGGUAACAUCGGCCAUCGUAUCCCUAUCGCCAAGAUACUUCAGGAAAUUCUUGGUUGCAAUGUGUUGAUGUUGGAGUAUCGCGGCUACGGCCUUUCGACUGGUACUCCAGAUGAGGCAGGAUUAAAGGUUGAUGCGCAAACCGGCUUGGAUUAUCUGCGACAAAGGGCCGAGACCAAGGAUAGCCAGAUCGUUGUAUAUGGACAGAGCCUGGGCGGAGCGGUCGCGAUUGACCUUGUGGCCAAGAACCAAGACAAGGGUGCAAUCGCUGGCUUGAUCCUCGAAAAUACCUUCCUGAGCAUUCGCAAAUUGAUUCCCACAGUCUUUCCACCCGCACGAUAUCUCGCUCGUUUAUGCCAUCAAUACUGGACUAGCGAAGAGGUUUUGCCUAAAAUCACGAAGGUGCCUAUUCUCUUCCUCAGCGGGCUGAAGGAUGAGAUUGUACCACCGUCCAACAUGACGCAGCUUUUCGCUGUCUGCAAGUCCAGCCGCAAAGUCUGGCGUACUCUUCCCAACGGUGGACACAAUGAUAGUGUCGCUGAGCCGGGGUAUUUUGAACACAUUCAUUCCUUUGUCAUGGAAGAGAUCGUACGACAUGAUUAGUGAACAAUUGUUCAACAGUUGUGCAUCUCCUUAUCUCAAUUAUCGGCGAGUUUGUUGUUUCUGUGAUGAUAUCAUGUGUGUUCAGCACCGGUCCCGAGCCUUCGAUUGAUUGCUCGGGAUGCCGUCGGUUUUUGCCUUUUCUUGCUCAGUUUAUU